AUGCAGAACCCCUCAUGCUUCCUCUACGGCCCCGGCGAUGCCAGAUUCGAAGAUAGACCUAUGCCAACCAUCGAUGACCCCCUCGAUGUAAUCAUCCGCAUCGAAUACGUGGGCGUUUGCGGCAGCGAUGUCCAUUUCUGGCUUCACGGCGGCGUCAAAAACCAUGUCUCACACACAAGCCCCCUAGUAAUGGGUCACGAAGCCUCAGGAACAGUACACGCCAUCGGACCAAGCGUGAAAAACCUCCAACCAGGCGACGCAGUAGCCAUCGAGCCGGGCUUCGGCUGUCGCAUUUGUUCAAAGUGCAAAGCGGGCAAAUACAAUCUCUGUCCUGAGAUGAAGUUCGCUGCGAAUCCGCCUUACACGCAUGGCACGUUAUCGAAGUUCUUUAAGGUUCCUGCUGAUUGCUGCUAUAAGAUCUCUGGCUCGUUUGACUCUGAGUUUGGGAAUGCGGGUGGGAUCGGGCUUGAUGAGGCGGUGCUUAUUGAGCCGAUGGCUGUUGCUGUGCAUUCUGUGAGGCAGGUUGGUGUUAAGCCUGGGGAUCGGGCUAUUGUUUUUGGGGCUGGGACCGUGGGACUUCUUUGUGCUGCUGUUGCGCGGGAGUUCGGGGCGAAUCUGAUUGUUUCUGUGGAUUUGAGUGACGAUAAAUUGGAGUUUGCGAAGAAGUUUGUGGGGGAAGAUCGGGUUCGUUUUCGAAGUGCGAUUCCUGCCCGGGGUUUGACUUCUGAGGAGAUUGCUGUUGGGUUGCGAGGCUGGCUUGAAGGUGUUGAUUCCGAGGCUGAUCUUCCUGGCUUUGAUGUCGCUAUUGAGGCUACUGGGGCUGAGUCGUGUAUUCAGACAGCGAUUCAUUCGCUGAAAGUUGGGGGUUCAUUUGUGCAGACUGGAUUGGGGAAUCGAAACGUCAACUUUCCUAUUUCGACGGUGUCUGAGAAUGAGAUUACUGUCAAGGGAUGCUAUCGGUAUGGCGCGGGGGAUUUCAAGAUGGCUCUGGAGCUGGCGAAGUCGAGAAAGGUUGAGUUGAAACCUCUCAUCACAAAGGUUGUGCCAUUUGAGAAUGUUGUGGAGGCGUGGGAGACUACCAAGCGAGGCGAGGGAAUCAAAACCCUGAUUCGAGGGGUUGGACGUACUGUAUAA